AUGAAGGACAAAGAUAAACUUCAGGAAAAGUAUAAAUUAAGGCUAGUUGGCAUCCCCGUGGACAGUGGAAUUGCACUGGUGUUCGUGGCUGCCAUAAGCGUGGCAGCGGCUGCUCCUGGCGGUUGCUGUGGAGGAGGUGGAAGCGGUGGUGGAGGUGGAGGGGUUGGUGGAUAUGGAGGCGGAGGUGGAGGUAGCCUUGGAGGAGGAGGUGGAUCAGGAGGCGGCAGCGUGGUCCGGGCUCGGCUAGUUGGUGUGGGCUCCUUGCCAAGCGGCGGCGGAGGUGGCGGUGGAGGUAGAGGUGGCGGUGGAGGCGCAGGUGGAUACGGCAGUGGAGGUGGAGGUGGAGGAGGAUAUGGCGGAGGCGGCGUUCUUUUCAACGAAAGGAAUAUUCAUAUUGCUUACAACGUAGAGUAA